CGAGCGCCAUAGUGAUCCGCACUCACCGUGUAAUGGUGGCUCCGGAGUCCUCGUAAACACUAGGAGGUUUCCAAAAUCGUUGCCCGGCCGGGCUCGUCGCGCGCGAGCGUCAACAUGUAAAUUUCGUGAAACCGGCGUCUCUCGGAUCUCCUCCGCGACCGCCGCGCAGCGAGCGAACCUAACCUAAGCGGUGGCACUUUGCGCGACGACCGAGAGCACCGACACGAGUCGCUACCGCUACUCUCGCGCGAUCUGCUCCGCGAUUCCCUCGCGAGGCUUCGGGACUACUCGCUCGCGCCGCGCCGUCCUGUGGAGGAGCGAGUUUUCUUCGGGGCGAGGUUUGACUCCCUCGCGGAGGGCGAUUCCGCUCGAUGACGGCGCGUCGCAGGGGCAGCGCGCGCCCGUCGAUCUGACGCAGAUCUCAGGCAUGCACCUGGUGCACGCGGCGCGGUCCUCUUCGGGUAUACCUAACCUACGUAUUCCUACACACGUCGCGCCACCAUGAGCGAGGAGUCUAGGAAGAUAGUGACCAGGUUCCACCCGAUUCACGGCGAGAACAUCCUCCUGUGCGAGGACAGCACGGUGGCGGUGCGCACCACGAGCUUCGCCAAUUCGGUGGCCUUCAGCGAGAAGCCGCUGCAGCCGGGCGAGAUCUUCCUCGUGGAGAUCGAGAAGACGGAGAGGGGAUGGAGCGGCCACAUGCGGCUGGGUCUCACCCUGAUCGAUCCGGCGUCGGUCAACAACAACCUGCCUCAAUACGCGAUGCCCAAUCUGGUUAGACUGGGCAACACCUGGAUCCUCGCUAUAACUAGGAAUCAAACUAUCUGGGACAAUUUCGACGGUGGUCUGUCAACCACGUACACGUCUCUCACCGGUAUACCACCGGGAAUACCAGCCAGAGAGAAGAAGUUGGUCACAGAUGGGGUCAACGUGCAGACGUCGCGCGGUGUCAUUCCCUUCAAUGCUCUAAAGCCAAAUAUAGACGGUUCUUCCCAGUGCAUCCUGCCUACGGAUGCGGGCAGUCGUAUCGGUAUCAUGUACGUGCCGCAGGCCGGUUGCCCCGACAAAGCGGAGAUGCACUUCAUCAUCAACGGCGAGGAUCAGGGCGUGUGCGGGAAGGAUAUUCCCUACAAGGCGGGACCGUUGCGCGCGGUGGUGGACGUCUACGGUACCACGAAGCAAGUUCGGAUAGUUCAGCUGUACGGAGCAGUAUCAACUCUGCAGAGCGCGUGCCGUGACGCUAUAUUGCAAUAUACCAAGAGAAACGCGGUCAAUCUGCUCCCUUUGCCGAGACUGCUGAAGGACUAUCUCCUGUAUCAGUCGCAGUGAGAAUCAGCUCAUUCCGUUUUUCGCGUAUGUUUAGAGGAAACCCAUCAAUUUCUAUAUCUUUUUUCCCAGUGAUAUCUUCAGUGUUUGGUAUGUAUAUGCGUAAUAUAUAUAUAUAUAUAAAUAUAUAUAUAUAUAUAUGUUUUUAUUCAUGAUCGAAGAUAUGCCGGUAUGCACAUGCAUGCCGAUCUUCAGAGCGUUGGUGCGAUUUUAUUCUUUAGUUUCUACAGACGUAUCUUUUCGAGGUGUAUACGAUACGAAACGAGAUUAGACUAUGUCGAUAUAAUCGGAGAUGUUUUUACUUGUGCACAUUUUGAGGAUUCUUCUGGAGCGGAAAUGCUAAAUCAUUGAUAUGUACAUAGUGUAACGAAAUGUUGAUCGCUGCAAAGUCGAAAAAUUCAGCGAGAUCAUAUUGAAAGUUUAUAUAUAUAAGUAUCAUUCGGAAAUGACCAUUUACGGGGUAUAAUGAAGCCAUAUAUAAAAGUUAAGGUAUAUAUUUUCGGGCAGUUACUUUCGUUCUAUAUCUCUAUUUCUUGAUUUCUCUAUUUAUUAUCAGAUAUGUAGGUUAAGUUGCAAUUGACACUGUUGUUGAGCGAACAGAACGAGCGAUAUUAGUAUAAGUGUCCAAAGCAAACCUGUUUUACAAAAUAAAGGUAUUUAUAAGAA